AGACACACUGAAUGUACAAAAAGGCUGAUCAGUCCGCCCUGUUACUUCCGAGAUGACAACGCAUCUUCGUUUUCCGCCUCCUGAGCUGUGACCAAAGAAGACUUCCCUUAUUUUUCUUGAGCGGCUACGCGGUGCGUCUCUUUUUCUCCAGGACACUAUCCUGUCGCUUGGUGACACUGUGUGUUGACCGCGAACGUUGUGGUCUUUCAUUCGCUAGUUGUUUCGGCCGUGCUCCUCUUGUUGCUCGUAACACAAUCGAGGAAAAUUAUAUCAGUCUUUUGCGCAGCGCAAAUCUUUACUCAGCACAUCAACUGGUUGUCAAAGAACUCUGUGGUUGGCCACGGGCAGUCCCAUGCGCCCAUCCCAGCUGCACGCGCCUUUCUGUCUGUUAAAUUCGUGCUCUGCGAAUUCUUUCUGGGCAGAAGGGUCGAACUGCCCCGCUGGCUGUGUAACCACGUGGAUUUGCCGCUGGAUUCGGGAAAGCACAACUGGAAAGUAUGGAAUUUCUGGCAGAUCACAGAGCGGCUUAACUUCUUGCAUCCCGCCACACAGCUCUGCACAGAAAAAGACGGCACUAAAGCAUUAGAGAUUCUCUGUGUGUUUUGAGGCAGAAUGUCUACGACGUCCAGUGUUUUUGUAUUGGUUAUUGUUGGAAAAGGGGACACUCCCCUUUACGAAGCGGAUCUGUCGUCUCCAGGAAAACGUGAAGAUUCGCCCCAUUAUGACCAGUUCAUCAUUCAUCAAGCGCUGGACGCCGUUGACGAAUGUGUCUGGCAAACUCAGUCCAUGUAUCUGAAGAACUGUGACAGUUUUCGCGACUUCCUCGUUUCAGCUUACUGCACAGCGGGCCACGUCAAGUUUCUCCUCCUCCAUAAAAACCGGGGUAGCAACGAAGGGAUCAAGAACUUCUUUUCAGACGUGCACGAGCUGUUCCUUAGGGUCCUUAUCAAUCCCUUGUAUGAAGUUAACGGCCUCAUUACGAGCCAGAGCUUCGACCAACUCGUCAGAGCCGCCGCAAAGAAACACUUGCACUGAGAAUGACGCUGACCGCGAAGAACUGAAAACGGCUUGUCCAGAUUUCACGGUGUCGGCGCUGUGCUGAAGUAGGCGCACUCUCCGUGGUUAGAAAAUACGGCAGGAAGCGAGGAUUCUCGGCAAAAAGGUGGAGUUUCUGCAGGUCCGCGCGGCAGUGCGAAUUUGUGGUGUAUACACGCUCCUGGUGUCUGGGAAGAAAACUGUAUUGGUGAACAAGUGUGCCCUCUCCGGUUUGCACCGACAGCUUCGAAGCAUUCUAUAUCACUAUUUCUUCCCAGGUAGGCGCCUGCUCUUCGCACACGCUGCCACUUUAUCUCCGAAAUAGCCCAAACUGGUGGCGUCUAUAGCGGCACACUGAAUUUGAAAAGCUACUUGAUCUGCAGUGUUUCCGCGUAGAAACACUAUGAACAUUAUCUGUAUUAAGCUUGUCCGGUUACCGUUUCCACCGUCGCAUGGUAUCGUGAGCGGUGUGAGCACUUCGGCAAAGCGAGGUUUCGCUGUAACCUUCUGACACAUGACUAGGCUUUACAUCGAAACAAAAGUUCUGCUUUGUUACGUGACGAUGACAAAAUCUCAGAUUUUUCUCAUUGACUAGCAGUUACCAUCAGAAGUUGCUUUUUACGUGAUCGCUUCCCAUUUUGUAUGCUGGACGUCACGUCGUCAUCUAAUUCUGUGAAAUCUAACCUUUGAAAGAUUAUGCAUAUGCUAUAAGGGUACAACUAUCACGCGGGCACCGUCUUGUCAACUGGGGAC